UCGCUCGAGUCGGCAAGUCUCCGGGAAAAAGGCGGACAAGACAACCUUCAAGGGAAGAAGAGUAGGGCAGAGGACAAGUGGUGUAAAAGACGACGACAACGGCGACGACAAGCCUUGCUUCCCAACAAAAGCUCCUCCCCACCCGGGAGAUGGACCAGGCUAUAUACCCCCCGACACUCCCUUCAGUCAGACGGGAAAAAAAAUCGUCAGACGCGGGCGCGCCUGGGAGGCACUUUCGACCAACGCAGGAGGGAGAUUGUCGCCGACGAUCCCAGCACGAGCAGGGCAGAAAAGCAAAACUCCACCGGUGCAAAGCACGAAAGCAAGAGGCAGAUUGGCCUGUCGGCGACAUGGAUGCUCUUCCACAACGAAAGCAAACGCCCUGGCGGAUCCAAUCUUUUUUUUCCCACCCAUCCUCUAACCCGAUUAGGAAACAUCACGUGACUAUAAUCCCGCAAAACCACCCCCACCUCACGCCGAGCCCACCCACUCGUUUGCCUUUUCGGAUCGCCGUCCGCCUCCUACGUCGCCCCCGCUCAUGUCGCCUUCCCGCGUUUGCCUGGCCCAGAUGCUGCUGCCUUUGCAAUUUGCCUUCGGGCGGAGCAGGGUGCGGAUUCGCAAAGCGGAGUCAACCAGCCGAUGCGCCGCUCGCUAUUGGAAGGGCUAGGUGGAAGCUUCCGUGCUGUACUUGCAGCAUGCAAUGAUCCCUCCCCCCCCCCUCUUCUAAGCUGGAACCUGCCGGUCACUUGCAUCACGCACAUGCAAACUCUUCUCGGGAUGGAGAGUAGAAUGCCGAACGG